AUCAAUUCAAUUAAAACUCAAUUGAUAUAUAAUUUGGUAUAUCUCCACUUUUGUAAUUUUCAAUUGUUUUAAUCUAUCUUUUUUUUAAUUUCUUUUAAUUUCUUUAUUACUCUGUUCAAUUGCAGUAUAUUGCUAUAUAUUUAUAUAUUUAUUAUAUUUUAAUAUGUCUUCAAUUGCUUUAAAAUCUUCCUUUUUAAGAAUCGCCAAAUCAAGUGGGGCAAAAUCUUCUGGUUCCAGAUCUUCAGCUUACUUAUUUUCAGGCUUAGUUGGUUCAGGAGCUUUGGCUUCAUAUUUAUAUUAUAAGAACAAUUAUAAUAAUAAUAAUUCUAAUAACAAUAACAAAAAUAAUCUUGUAAAGCCUUUAUUAGGAGCUGCUGCAGUUAUUAAGAUUGCUCAAGUACCAGAAGGUAAAGGUUUUGAAGAUUAUCAAAAUGUUUAUAAUGAUAUUGCAGCUAAAAUUGAAGAUAAUCUUGAUUUCGAUGGUGGUGCAGGUUACUACGGUCAAUUAGUUAGAUUAUCUUGGCAUACAUCUGGUACUUACACUAAAUCAGACAAUACUGGAGGUUCUUAUGGUGGUACUAUGAUUUAUUCACCUGAAUCAUUUGAUGGUGAAAAUGCUGGUUUAGCUGUUGGUAGAGAUUUUUUAAUUGAAUUUAAAGAUAAAUAUCCUUGGAUUUCAAGAGGUGAUUUAUGGACUUUAGGUGGUGUUGUUGCCGUUCAAGAAUCUGGUGGUCCAAAAAUUCCUUGGAGACCUGGUCGUAAAGAUAUUUAUGAUAGAGCAACUGUUCCAGAACCUGGUAAAUUACCUGAUGCUUCAAAAGAUGGUAAAUAUGUUCGUGAUUUAUUUAAAAGAAUGGGAUUUAAUGAUAGAGAAACUGUCGCAUUAAUUGGUGCUCAUUGUUUAGGUAAAUGUCAUACUUAUAAUUCUGGUUAUGAUGGUCCAUGGGGUCCAUCAUUUAAUAUGUUUACUAAUGAUUUUUAUGUUAGAUUAUUAGGUGGAUGGCAUGUUAAAAAAUGGGAUGGUAAGAAACAAUAUGAAGAUGAUGAAACAAAUUCAUUUAUGAUGUUACCAACUGAUAUGGCCUUAAAGGAAGAAUCUUAUUUUAUUAAAUAUGUUAAAGAAUAUGCUAAAGAUCAAGAUUUAUUCUUUAAAGAUUUUUCAAAGGCUUAUAGUACUUUAUUGGAAUUAGGUAUUAGUUAUCCAAGAGGUUCUAAACCAUUUAUUUUUAAAACUGUUGAUGAACAAGAAGAAUAGACUAUUAGUUUAGUGUAUGUAAAAAUAAAUAAUAAAUCACUUUAUCUGAAAAAUCUACUAAUCUAUUGCCUAAUUGGGACAUGUACAUACCUAAUUCCAAAUUAAGGAUGGCAAUGGGAGUUACCCGACCGCAACGCAUUGUAAAUAUGAGACUAGGUCUGAAAUUUCGGUCACAGUCACACCCUCA